GGUGCCCGGUCUGAGACCUCCAGUUCCCAAUCCUCUUCAUCUUCCGAGCGCCCGGCUGCUUCUCCACAGAAGAAGCCAAUUGAUGCUUCCACAUGUGCCCCUUCUUCUUCCGCGGCACAAGUGGUCUCGUUGCCCGGUCUGGGGAGGAGGGCUUCAUCGUGUUGGAUGACCGGUUGCUCCAAGAGCAACCGUCGUACAUGCAGAAAGCUCAAGUCCUUGAGCUGCGCAACCUCAUGCCGGAUGGAUACCAACUGACCUACCGCGCGACGUGGAAGAACAUUAUUUCUCUCCACACUGGUACGACGAUUGGUAUCCAUUACCAUUCUAUCAAGGACUUGGGUGAAUUUUCCAUUCACCCCUUCAAAGCCCUUUUCUUUGAAACGUACGGGAUCAUGCCCGGACAGUUGGCCCCAAAUGGUCACCGUAUAUUGAGCAUCUUCAUCAAUGUUUGUCGCUUUCUCUGCAUUCCUCUCUCUCUUCGCCUUUUCGACCACAUGUUUGAUGUCCGGCCCGGGUACAAGGAAACCCUUGGAUUUGGGAAAAGGAUGAAAGCCCAGGUCAAGCCCAGGGAGACUGAUGACCUGGCCGCCUGGGAGGCCAGUCUCCGAGCCGGGGACACCUCCACCUGCGGUCCCUAUAACGUUGGGAAGUGGGGGGUCUACCUGGGUUGGGAGACUGACCCUGAACCAGAGAUUGUUUUGGAAGAGGCAAUCCCAGACGCCAUUCCUCUCUGCCGCGUGCAAGGGUCCAACGCCUCGGUUUCUACCGUCGCCAGUUCCUCGCGCGAGAGGAAGAAGAAGGAGAAAGUGGUGAAGUUCAACUCCAAGUUCGCCACUCCCCGAAUUGAGGAUGUGGAGGAGCCCUCCAACGCCCAACCUUUCAGCCAGCCCUCUGGCCAGCCGCUGAUGCUGGAUGACCAGCCGGCCCAAUCUCAUCAGGGCACCAUCCAUCCCAUCCACUCCGAGGAAAUCUACAUCAAUGUCGAUACCAUGGAGUUUUACGCGAUCUUGAUGGAGACCGGCCAUACACUAGAAGCCGAUCAGGGUGGUCAACAAGCUGUCGGCCUGAUCGCCCAGGAAUGGUUCACCCGGCUGGUGAAAUCCAAGGAAGAGGAGAAGGCGCGGUUGGAGGGCAUGAUGGUGGCCUGCCAGAAGGAUGCCCAAGCAGCCCACCAGAAGGCAGAGAAGGCCGAGGAGAAGCUGCUGGAGCAUUGUGCGGCCUUUCGCAAGCUCUAUGCCAAGCAUGAAGGGCUGCUGAAGGCUUCCAAAGAGAUGAAGGCCGAGCUAGAAGCAGAGCGUGCUGACCGAGCUUUACUUGCUGCUGCCUGGGCGGUCCAAGAGCCAAAGCAGUUUGCUGCCCAGGCGAUUCCUAACCGGGAGACAGCCAUCCGCUUCUUCUAGGGCCUUUAUAAACACGAAGUAUCGGCCAAGGUCAUCGAUGAAAUCGGGACCUUUGGUUUUGAAAGUGGCCAGUAUGAAGAACGCCGGGCGCUGUACGGCAUUCUCCGGAGGUGGAUUCAAGGUUUCGAGCCCAAGGCCCUCUCUCUGCCUGAGCUACACGAUGAAGCACCGGUCGCACCCUUCGAAGGGAUCUGAGCUCAAAGCCCUUCUUCUUCUCCUCUUUAUUUUUAUUUCUAUAUGUAAUGAACAACCUCCAGGCAU